AUGUCUCUUCCGCGGAAUGUCCACGUCUCUGUUCACCCCUGUCUGCAAGCUAAGCUCUCCCUGAUCCGCUCAGAGUCCACCACUCCUCGCGAGACAAGAGGUCUAGUUCAUGACAUCGCCACUAUUCUGGGCGUGGAGGCGUUUGCAGGACUCAAGACGAUCAAGACCGGAACCGACCGCACCCCUCUCGGUGUCGAAUAUGAAACCCAAGGCAUUGAUCCGGCGGACCUGGCUCUAGUUCCGAUCCUGCGGUCUGGUCUAGGCAUGGUUGAUGCCCUGAACGACCUCCUCCCGACCCCAGUCCCAGUCUACCACCUAGGUCUCUUCCGCGAAAAAGCAACCCUCCAACCCGUAGAAUACUACAACAACCUUCCCUUCCACAGAAGCGAGCUCUCCCCCGCCUCCCCAGCAUCCUUAAACCAAGGCACAAACAGCGCAGCCGCAAGCCUAGCAGUCCUCCUGGACCCAGUCAUUGCAACAGGCGCCACGGCCGAAGCAGCCAUCCUUCUCUUGCGGGAUUGGGGCGUUAAGAAGGUUAUUAUGCUUAGCUUGCUUGCCUCUGAGGAGGGUAUAAAGCGUGCUGCUGGGACUUGGGCUGAAGGGGUGGAGGUUUGGGCUGGGGCUAUUGAUUCGGGUGUUAAUGAGAAGGGAAUGAUUGUGCCUGGUCUCGGGGAUAUUGGGGAUCGGUUGUUUGUUGCUAUUGGGAAGUAA